AUGACCUCCCAGAGAGGCGCGUCCGCGCCCACGUCGCCGCCAUUGCCGAACAAAGGACUGAGCCGGAGAUGCUUCUUUGAUACUCGUCGCUACAACGCCUGCUCCGGAUCACUGCGUGGUGCCGUCGCUGGCUGCGGAUCCAUCGCUGAAACAUACAAAGAAGAACUGAGACACCUGAAGAAUGGAAAGCCUCUGCCGACUCGAAGCUCCCUACUGAAGCUAAGUCCUUUUCUGGACAGUGAGGGACUCCUACGCGUCGGCGGGCGCCUUAAACACGCUGCACUGCAGUAUGAUGCCACGCAUCCAACCAUACUACCAAGCAGAUCUAAUUUUACUUGCCUCAUCAUCGACGACUACCACAAGCGGACGCUGCACGGCGGCACCCAGUUGACUUUGUGCUCUCUUCGCCAGGAGUAUUGGGUCCCUCGAGGUCGCGCUCUAGUGAAGAGCCGCAUCAGCCGGUGUCUAAGGUGCACCAGAUGGCGGGCUGCCAUCCCUCAGCCACUGAUGGGGGACCUCCCGACACCACGAGUUACUCCAGGCCGGCCGUUUCUGCAUACCGGCGUAGACUACGCCGGACCGAUUUGGAUGCGAACAGCAGGGGGCCGCGGACUCAAGGCGACAAAAGGUUUUAUUGUUGUCUUUAUUUGUUUAGCUUACCGAGCAGUCCACCUCGACGCGGCCUCGGACUACACCGCUGACGCCUUCCUUGCCGCCUUGCGUCGGUUCGUCGCCAGGCGAGGAGUCUGCCACUCGCUAUAUAGCGACUGCGGCACCAACUUCGUGGGUGCCGAUAAGCAGCUUAGGCAACUAUUCUCCGCCGCCAGUGCCGACGGACAUCGCAUCGCAACCUUCGCCGCCCAGAAAAGAAUCCGGUGGCGGUUCAACCCGCCAGCUGCACCUAACUUCGGCGGUUUAUGGGAAGCUGCCGUGAAAGCGAUGAAGCACCACCUUCGGCGAGUCAUCGGUGACGCCACCCUCACCUACGAGGAGAUGACUACUCUCCUAGCCCAAAUUGAGGCCUGCCUCAAUUCCAGACCGCUGCAGCCGUUGUCUGACGAUCCGGAGGAUGUAGCCGCACUCACACCUGGUCACUUCCUGGUCGGCUCCGCUCUCUCGGCGAUCCCCGAACCGUCGCUCGAACGAGAGCCGUCGGCACGUCUCUCACGGUGGCAGCUCCUGCAAAACAUGAAGGACCAUUUCUGGUCUCGGUGGGUCAGCGAAUACUUACACACGCUGGCCCAUCGGCCGAAAUGGUCCCGAAUUAAUCAGGAGGCUCGCGUCGGUCGAAUCUGCCUCGUGCGAAACGAAAUAACACCACCAACACGGUGGCCGCUUGCGCGCAUUACACGACUGCAUCCAGGUUCCGACGGUAACGUUCGCGUAGUCGACGUCCGCACCUCGACCACAAAUUUGACGCGUCCCGUGAACAAGUUAGUCUUUCUGACCGACGGCUCCGAAGACUCACUCGAAUCGCAAUCACGCGUCGUCCGCGUUUAA